UGCUCAAUCGCUCAAAAAUUGUGCUCAACAUUCUCUUUCUCUCGUCCGUCACCAUCCCAAAAUGGACACUGUAGUCACCUAUCACUACAGGCGAUCCGCCUCUCGCCUAACAUUAGUUGCACAAUUGUUCGGCAUCUUGGCUUUCAUUCUCAUGCUCAUUUGGUUGUUGCAUUAUCGAGGAGGAAUUGAGUAUGAUUCUGACAAUAUCGAUCGCGUUUUCAAUGUUCAUCCGUUCAUGAUGUUUUGUGGAUUCAUCUUUCUUGUUGGUCAAGCGAUGAUGGUAUACAAGACAGUACCCGCGUCACACAAUGUGCAGAAAUUUAUUCACAUGACACUUCACCUAACCGCUAUAUGCCUUGGAAUUGUUGGGAUUGCUGCUGUUUUCAAGUUUCAUGACAUGGUAAACUCAGAGGAUGUUUAUACCUUGCAUUCGUGGAUUGGGAUAGGCACCUUCUGCUUGUUUGGCUUGCAGUGGCUCUUUGGACUGUUCACAUUUGUAACUCCACAACCUUCGCAAACUAAGCAAAGUAUGCUUCCAUGGCACAUCUGUGGUGGUAGGGCACUCCUCUACAUGGCCAUUUCUGCUGCUCUUACAGGGUUGAUGGAGAAAUCUACAUUCUCGCAGCAAAAGCAUACUCGUGAAAAUCAUUUCUUAAACUUCACCGGAUUAUUCAUCCUCCUCUUUGGCAUCUUCGUCGACCUCUCGGUUGCUCUCGCCCGUUACGUGUGAUUAAUCAUCAUUAUUAUAUAUCUUGAUUGACAUAUAUAAUAUAUCAUUAUUUUUUUUUUAUUAGUGUGUGCGCAUUUUUGAAUCUUGAUUCAAUGCUUGUAUAUAUAUUGGAUUGAUAUUGUAACAGUAACACCAGUAAUGUUGUUUGUUUUCCUCCUUUUAAUUUGCAAA